UUCGUAGCGAGUCAAUGUUACAUACUAGUCUAGUUUGCUCUCAAUACCCGAGUGUGUAGUCCGUUUAUUCACGCGUGUGACUUGUUGACAGUGAUAUUUUAAUGAAAUUAUAUUUUAGAUGAUACAUAAAUAAGAUACUUGUGAUUCUUAAAGUAAAUUUUAAGGAUAAGCAAAGAAGCAUAUAGAUAUAUAUUUUAAAAAAUGUUUAAAAAAAAUCGUUUUCAACUAAAGUGAAACGACAGUUUCAAAUAAAUUCAAAUGAGGCAGCUGAAAAGAAAGGAUGAUUGACAGUCUUCAAGACUGGGAAAGAAAAAAUAGAAUGGUGUUUUUAACUUUAAGCAUAACUUCAGCUUCAUCAUGGACGUUCCUCGUGUUAGUUUUUCUUCUUUUGGUGAAUCCCAGCCCCGCAGCAAUUCGCAAAGCAGAAAGAGAUCACUGCAAUAAAACUGUCGAUAUAUAUGAGGACGUUUCCAGUCCAGCUGUUACUUCAGGGACUUGGGGUAAACCUUUAACUUGCUGGUAUCGGUUUCGAGCUUUUCGUGGUACUCCUCGAGAUUGGAUCCUUCGAGUACGGUUCAAAAAAUUCAAAGUUGGAGUUCUUGCCAAUGCGACGCAUUGUGUCGGAGGUUUUUUACAAAUUAUCGAUGGGAAUGCUAAGACAUCAGUGAGUAAUCGCAAAGAGCCUGGAGUCUUUUGUGGUGAAUCUGAACAACCGCAAACGUUUAUAUCAGAAACCAGUUUCGUAAGGGUUCUCUUUCAUGCUGACAACUUCACAGACCAGACUUACUUUAGCUUUGAUUCAAGAGCUGAGCAACAAUUUGAGGUAUACCUACGGUAUGGUCAACAUCCUGAGCUUUACCCGAAUCGUCGAGGUAUAGUUGUACCUGGAAGUUACUGCGAACGUGAUUUCAAAGACUGUCGACUUCAGACUUGUUAUGUACAGAGUCCUGCUUAUCCUGGCAUAUAUCCUCGAGCACUACAUUGCAAAUAUAAGCUUAAUACUCGGCAGCCUUUCAUCAAACUAUAUAUUGAAAACGAGGAGUUUAACAUAGAUGGGCAACGAUGCGAGAAUAUUAUGACUUGCCCAAUGCGACCAAUAAGUUCUGGAUCGCAACACUGCCCUUUUGAUUAUAUUCGUGUAUAUGACGGCAUGAAUGAGACUGCACCAGUUAUCGGAACUUUCUGUGGUAUGGGAAAGUUUCCUUACAGCAUAAUUGGUACUAGUGCAGAUCUUUACGUUGAAUUUGUAUCUUCACCUGCUGGUCCACUUUUAAAUACUGGAUUUCAUUUUAAUGUUGGCAAUUGGCCUGCUCAUGUUGAAACAGCUGGAGUUAAAAACGGCAGUUGCGAUUGGCUUUUAAGCAGCGAUAAUCUUCAAAAUGGUGGUGAAGGUAUAUUUUUAUCUGUGGCACAUUGGUAUCCUCCACACACUAGUUGUACCUAUCUUUUGAAAGGUCGGCCAGGAGAAAUAGCAAGGCUUUAUUUUCCUAGUUUUCGAGUAAAUCGAAUUGAAUCACCUAUUUCACCAUAUGACGGAGACUGCGGUGAAAGUCUUACACUUUAUGAUGCCAAUUGGCCAGAUGAUGCUAAAAUUAUAAAAACCUUUUGCGAUACUUUUAGCAAACCUAUGGAAAAGCAUGAUUUUGUUUCAACGUCAAAUUCCAUGUUUGUUAGAUUUGAGAGUAAAACUGGAAGUUAUUCUGGUAGUUCAUUAUAUUAUUGGGCACAUUAUGAUUUUUUUAAUGCCACUAGAUUUGGAGAACCUGUACCUAAUACCGAGUGUGAUGAAACAUUUGCUUCAUGGAAAGCUCAUUCGGGUCGACUACGCUCACCACUCAAUAGUCUAUUAUAUAAACGGCCGGGUGACCCACCAAAUGACUUAACAUGCACUUAUACUUUUGUUACCGAUAAAAGACUUUUCGCGAGAGUGAUACUGACUAUUGAAUCUGUCACUUUUAAAGAAAACCCUUAUGCUCAAUGUAAUCAUUGCUGGGAUAGUCGUGCUGAUAAAGUGAUUGUACGAGAAUCAACUCCUGAAGCUGACAAGGGUCAUUGUCUUUGUAAAUUAUUUCCUCCUACACCUCCUAUAAAAGUAGUAUCUCGAGGAGAAAAGCUGGAGCUUAAAUUUUUUGUUGAUGGUAGUCAUGCUGCACCCAGUUAUUUUAAACAAUCAUCGCCACUCUUUAAAGCAAGUUACGAAUUUGUCCAUAAUCCACUUUGUGGUGCUGCAUUACUACCACCAGCAACAGACGGUGAGAUAGAGUUUCCUAGUUAUGAAGCUCUUAGUUACAUCAGCCCUCCGAGGUCAAUCAAGUGUAUUUGGGAACUACGAGUUAAUCCUGACAAAGAUUUAUGGCUACACUUUGACAAAAUAAAGUUUGCAUCUAGGUCUUGUGAGGAUGGAAAGUUAGAGAUAUUUUUAGCUAGUAUACCGGAACCUUACUUAGCGAUUUGUGGUGAAAAUGUCAGUUAUGUCAGAGAAAUGCCAAUAUUUUCUGCCGUACAAUUAGGUCAACCCAGAAUACCAGACGGCGAACCACCUCCUGUUGUUAUACAAUUCACUGGAUCGAUGACACCGGCGAGGGUAGCAUUCAAGAUUGCUUGGACGGAGCUCUUUCGACUACCUCGAGAUAGUAGUGGUCAACUUAACACUCAGAAACUCCAAGAGUGUGGAUUCCAAUGUCCACGUAAUACGGGUUGCAUAUCUGAACGUCUUCUGUGCAAUGGAGUCGUCAAUUGUCCGACUGACAAUUUACCAUUAGGUUUAAUCAAUAUCAGUUUAUUUGAGCCUGACGACGAGUCCAUAGAGAUGUGCGGAGGCCCUAUAUCAAAUAACAAUAAUGGUGUCGUCGGUCCUGCAGGAUGGGCAGGUGCUGGUUUAGGUGCCGGUCUAGCAGUUAUUCUAUCUCUCACUUGUCUCAUCGCUGUUUGUCGAUUUUGUAGACGACGUUCACGCUCUCGGAAUAUUCACGUACCAUAUUAGUGUGCCGCAAACUCAUGUGUUCGCUAAGGAUUAUCUUACGGAGUGUUACAGUUACCCUGAUACUAUUGUUGUAUAUUACAAAUUCGUCUAUGUCGCUGUACAUAUCCUUUUUUUGAUAAUGGAUAUACAUUCAACUCAGUAAAUUCAAUGUAUCCUGUUACAUUUAUAGUGAAUGAUAAUGAACGAUUGUUUAAGCUACUAUUGUAUAAAUUUAAAUAUUGAAUGACUUUAUACCAUUAUGGUACAACGAUAUUCCAAAAUACUGUAUAUUUUAUAAUUUAUAAGUAUUCAAAAUAAUAAUAGCAAUAUAGUAUAUCCUACAUAAAACUUUCCAAUAAUUUCUGCCGAAGUAACGACGGCACUUAUGUAUUAUAAAAAAAUUCGUAUGAAAAUUAUUGUAAUUUAUUAAUCAGAAAUAAAAAAUACCAAAUAGUUUUCUUUAAAUAAGCUGACAAAACUUUCUUAGAUUAUUGAAAAAAACUAGCGAACUCCGACAAUAAUCAGAUACCGCUAGUUAAUAUAAGAACAUAUUAUUAAUUAAACAUUGAAUAAAUCAAUAAUAAAAUUUUAUCAUUUUAAAACGUAAAAGAUAAAUAUAAAGUAACUAUAAGAAAAUUUUGGGUAUGUACAUAAGUUUUUUUGUGAAAUUAAUUCGGAGAAGUUUACUCGUAAA